UGAAGCUCUUGCUAUUCUCAAUCCUUUGCUGCAUGAUUGCUGCUACGUGUAUAGAAGGCGUUGAACAUGGAAAAUAUUUUGUCUGCUAUUUCACCAAUUGGUCACAAUAUCGCCCCGGCACCGGAAAGUUUAAAGCUGAUGAUGAUGUAGAUCCGAAUCUAUGUACCCACAUCGUGUAUUCAUUCGUUGAAAUUGGCAGCAAUAACGAGCUCAAACUCCGUGAAUGGAAUGGGGAUCAGUUGAUAAGACAAUUAACGUCUCUUAAACAAUCAAAUCCUGAAUUGAAAAUUACGGCAGCUGUUGGAGGAUGGAACUUCGGUACAAAGCAAUUCAGCAUUGUUUGUCAGAGCGAAGCAAACAUGCGGCAUUUUGCCAACACAUCAGUUUCGUUUUUGAGAAAAUGGGGUUUUGAUGGCCUUGAUAUGGACUGGGAAUAUCCAGGAAGUAGAGGAUCUCCACCUGGCGACAAACAAAGAUUCACACGUCUCCUAGAAGUACUGAUGGAAGAGUAUGUGUAUGAGGCUUCUACUACGGGGAAACCGCGACUUCUCUUGACUGCAGCUGUUGCUGCUGGAGUACCAACUGUAGAUGCCGGAUAUGAAAUAUCCAAAGUUUGCGAAAUUUUGGAUCUCGUUCAUUUAAUGUCUUAUGAUUUGCACGGAGCCUGGGAAAAUACAACUGAUCAUCACAGUGCACUUUAUCCAGGAACAGUGGAUUACGGUAGCGACGACAGACAGAAUUUCAAUGUGGAUGACGCACUCAAUCAUUGGCUGGGUAAUGGAUGUUCACCAGAAAAGAUGGUACUUGGCAUACCUUUAUAUGGAAGGGGUUACACAUUGGCUGAUCCCAGCAAAGGCGGAUAUGGAGCUCCCGCUAGUGGUGCAUGUACAGCCGGAACGUAUACAAGAGAAGCUGGUUUUCUGGCCUACUAUGAGAUUUGCGCGAAGACGGGUACAAUAAGUGUCAAUUCUGACGCAGAAGCACCUAAUAUUGUCACCGGAGAUCAAUGGAUUGGUUAUGAAAAUGUAUUAUCAGUCGGCAAAAAAGUCGACUACUUGAAAUCAUACAAUCUUGCCGGUGCUAUGAUCUGGAGUUUGGACCUUGAUGACUUUGAUGGUAUGUGCCCAACUGCGAAGAAGUAUAUACUGUCCCGAGAAAUUAAAUCGAAACUACAUAAUGGAGCAGCGGACGAUAAUGCGUGUUACCCUAUGGUAACAACGACCGCGGUAACUUGGUGGCCACCUGCAGUUCCACCCACUAGUCCCCCUAUCCAAUACGAGUGUUUCUACCCGGACGCGCCAUGCAAUUGUCUUUAUGCGAGUAGUACACAUGUACCACCAACGCAACCAAAUGGAGGAACCACGACAAUGUUUACCACAACAACUCACGCACCAUGCGAAGGUGCUGAUUGUGGACCACAGUGUCUAGGGGGAAACGGCUUUUAUCGCGAUGAAAGUGAUUGUCAUUGUUUUUAUCAAUGUAACAACGACGUCAGUGUUCACAGAUGCUGUGAUCCAGAAUUAUAUUUCGACGAAGAAAAUCUUUUAUGUGAUUGGAAAGAUAACGUUUACUGUCCCCUGGACGGCACUUCAACAACAACGUUAGCUGCUGAAACAACCACAACAGCUGCCUCUGGUGUCACCACUACAACCACUGCGGGUAUUACUACCACCACCGGUGCUGCAGCUACCACUACCACCACUUCGGCGACAACCACAACAGCUGCCACUUCAGUUUUUACUUGUGAAGGCAAACCAGACGGUAACUAUGCCGAUCCAUAUGACGACACAUUUUUCUACCAAUGCUCCGGCGGUUCGACUACCAUCCAACAGUGUCCUCCGGGUACUGCAUUCAACGGAGCGAUUUGUGACUGGGCCUAAUUCCUAAUUCAUGAAAAUGCUGCUGCUUAUGCUUGUUGCGCUUCGCUGUUAGGGCCUCUAUGAAAAUGCAUAAAUUGAACAAAAACACUGCUAAAUUUUAUGUGACAUGCCGCUUGAAAAUUGUUGAAUGUUUCAAAAUACCCACGUAAAAUUGAUUUCAAUUUAUCAUAAGAAUUUUUCUUGAAAAAGUAUUAGGCCUAGAUUCUGAAAUAUACGUUUAAACAGAGUUGGAAUGAGAACCCGAAGCAAUUUGCUCAGAUAAUUUAUUUGGCUCCUUUAAACAAAGUACAAGAAUAUGGGCUUUCAAUAAUACGCUAUCACUGUUUUCACUCUGCUGUUGCUGCGUCUGUGUGCUCGCUUGCGGUGUGCUUCCUCGGCGAGGUUAACUCGAUAGAUUCGAAGGCGAAUAAAAGAAUCGUUAGUUGAGUAAUUGAUGCUAAUAAAUGUGCAUAACUAAGUUGCCAAUCGCUUUGUUUUCAUUUCUCAUUGUUGGUGGCUCUUCUGCCCGUCUUCUUCCGCUACCUUAUUGCUUCUCAAUGUUUAAAUGUGUUUUAUGUCAGCGAAAUACAUAAGCUUGCUGGUGAAUGUUAGUGUUUUUUUUAUUGCAAUCUUCAGUUAUUUAAUUCAACAUAAUAAAAACAGUGUAAUUAUAUUUAAACAACUCCGUACAAAUAUGAAAAUUGUGUGACUUGAAGCCUACUCAUACAAAGCAUUUUAUUGUGUAUGUUUAUAGUAACAUUUGACCGGGAAAAUACAAUUCCUACAAUUUCGUUCUGUACGUAAAAUAGUUCUGUUAAUCUGCAUGCUUGUGCACAUAUUAUCUGUCCUGCGUAUUUGUGUUAGUUGUCCUGUCUAUCUUUGUUGACCUCAAAAUUCCGUGUGUUUACGAAUAUUGUCAUGGUUUUGCUUUCAUCUUGGAGAAACUUAUCUACGAAAAAUAUUCAAGACACCCCGGUGUUUCACGGCCUGUUCAAGGUUUUAUGUAUGUACAGUAUUUUCGUUAUCGUUACUUAUGUCUGUAAUUAUUCUGUUUGUCAUAUAUAUUUGUCGUCAGCAUCGUAACGCUAAAAGAGACAAUCACUCGAUCAGCUACAAAUAUUAUGGAAUUUCAAAUUUUGCUAUUUUUCUACUAAUCAAAUUGUUCAUAUUCAAGCAGGGGUCUUAUGCCCUACAGCGUUUUGCGGACAUUGAAUAAAUUUUCACUUUUUCGUCCAGAAAUUACAUGCCAGGGAAUUUAACUAAUUUGCAAUACAACAAUUAGUCUCAGUGUUUUAGGAAAAGCUUUUCUUACAGGCGGGACGGAGUCAUAACAGACAGCACAUGUCCCGUUAUGUAUUACGAUGCUGAUUGUGUAAAUGACGAUCUUCGUGUUGUUUGUUUUGUUGUCUCAGUCUGUCUGAAAUAACACUUUUUCCACGUCGGGACGGGGAGUCAUUGCAGACGGGCACAUGUCUUUUAUUAGAUUAUAAUCGUGACGUUGUCUUGUCUAGUUUUGUAUUUGUUUGAUUCUCAAUGUCGCUUCAAUUUGUGUCAGAUUAAAAUAGUGUGGACUCUGUCAUAUAAUACAAUAGCGAUGGUAACAUUCUUGAUUUUACUUUAAGAUAAAAAUCGCAGUUACUACUGUUUAAUAUCUCUAAAAGAAAUUCUACAUUCAUUAUAUAUAUAAUGAUUGAAAUUUGACCUCACCACAUAUAAUUGUUUAUUGCUGUAAAAAUUUCUUUGGUUGAAUGUUUUAAAAUUAUCUGAUGGGCGUGCAUACACCCUUUUCAUGUUUACUAUAUGGCCGGGGAUAAUGGCAAUAUAUAUAUGUCAAUAAAUGUACCAGGAAUUGAAUAUAUGGGUUGAGUGUUGAAUACUAACAUAUACAGCAAGAACACUGGGGUAAAUAACUCACAUCGUCAAAUUUAAAAUGGAUGUAUGCCCAACAAGAAUAGAACAGACUGUGGAGUGUGGCGCAUCGUGCUCAGCGUUAGGAAUACGCUCACCAACGCACCUCCGAUUACCCUGCGUAGGUUCGCAGCCCAUGUAGUGACGAAUAUGUGCGAGUAUUGCUGGACUCUCGCCGCCGUAGUGGUUCACGUAACCGCGGGUCGGUCAAGGCUUCCUGCACCAUUAAGUUCAUGCAUCGGAAAAUAAAUAACAGGUCAACUAAUCCUAUACCCAACAUGCACUGGUAACCGGACAAGAGGCCGUGGUUCGCCAGGUGAUUGAGCCGACUCGUGGGAUUUUCUCUUCCCGGGAUAAAUAUUAAAUCCUAUCCGAACUUUUUGCUACCAAGUCUUUUCAGUUAACGGUACAUGGAAGGAUUGACGAGAAAAUCCGAAACUGCGCUACUUUCACCGCUCCAUUCGACCGGCUGUGCCAAUGGCCCAAAUUUUUAAAUUCAAUGACGUAUUUCUCUGCAUAAACUGGCUGCAGAAUAAACCUGAUCGUUUCAGAUAGGCGUGGGUGACAGAGAAAAUAGCGAUCAGCGUUUGCAUGAAUCAAGUCGGCGACAAGAUGCCUACCAGGUAAUCAUCUACAUCAGGCCUGCCCAACCUUUUUCGGCCACUUUCACGUGACGAAAUCGGUCGCGGGCAGCAAAC